CUAAUAUUUGCAAUCGGAAUAAUCAAUUAAUUUUGCUUAGUAAAAUUGUAUUGAACUAAAACAAUCAUCAUCUAUCAGUUAUCCACUAAACAAUCAUGCCAUCCUCUGUUUCCAUUUCCCUUGUGAUAUUAGUUUGGACGACUACUGUCAUAACCCAUGUGGGUGGCGCAAAUACUUCUACGGUUGCAAAAUCUCAAUCAUCGUCACUACACCAAGAGGCAGAGGCUCUGAACCACACUCGGAGGUGGUGGCGGUAUGAAGAAAGCACCUCAAGUCCUUGCGAGUGGGACGGUAUCGUUUGCAAUGACGGUGGAAGCGUGAUAGAGAUCAACAUCUCUUCAUACGAUACGUUUUCGUAUGAGAUUGACCAGUUACGCAAUUUCAACUUCUCUUCAUUCCCAAAUUUGGUCCGAUUCAAGCUAGCAGGAAUGGGGCUAAUCGGGAGCAUCCCACCAGAGAUUGGUAGUGUUUCUAAACUCACUCACCUUAACUUAUCUGGGAAUAGUCUUUCAGGUAAACUACCUCUCUCACUCGCAAAACUCACUCAAUUAGAGAAGCUUGAUAUUUCUUUCAAUCAUAUGAGCGGUCCAAUUCCCUUACAAUUGGGAAACCUGAGAAGCCUUGUUGAAUUAUACCUGGGUGGAAAUUAUUUCAAUGGUAAAAUCCCUUCAACUCUUGGUCUUUUGACUAGUCUCACUCAUCUUGAUUUAUAUUCAAAUCAAAUCAACGGUACCAUCCCUUCUGAAAUAUAUAAUCUGAAGAAUUUGAUGGUUCUGCAUUUUGGUACAAACAAUCUUUUUGGUCCUAUUUCUUCAAAAAUUGGAAACCUAAAAAAUGUGGUUUCUCUAAACCUUUCUCAUAACUUGCUCAUUGGUCCACUCCCUCGUACUUUGGUUUGUUUGACAAACUUGACCCUUCUCUCUCUUGCUUCCAACCAAAUCAAUGGCUCCAUUCCCCUAGAAAUAGGAGAAAUGAGAGAAUUGAGGCACUUGGACCUCCAUAAUAGUAGCCUUACUGGUUCAAUCCCCUUAGAAAUAUGGAACUUGACAAAGUUGGUCUUUUUGGAUCUUGGUCUUAACAAUCUCAUUGGUACAAUUCCUCCAUUCUUUGGUCAUUUAGCUAGUUUAAGCCAUCUGGACAUUCAUUCAAAUCAAAUAAAUGGUUCAAUCCCCUUAGAAAUAUGGAACUUGACAAAGUUGGUCUUUUUGGAUCUUGGUCUUAACAAUCUCAUUGGUACAAUUCCUCCAUUCUUUGGUCAUUUAGCUAGUUUAAGCCAUCUGGACAUUCAUUCAAAUCAAAUAAAUGGUUCAAUUCCCUUAGAAAUAAGGAAUUUGACAAAACUAGAAUUUUUGGAUCUAUCAAGUAACUACAUAUCUGGAAUCAUUCCAAAGGAGCUUACUCAGUUAACCCCAUUGCAAUAUCUUAAUCUUUCCUUUAACAUUCUUUUUGGCGAGAUACCACAAGAAGUACAAAACUUCUCUAGUCUUUUUGUUCUCGACCUCUCCCACAAUAAUCUAAGUGGAUCCAUCCCAAUGCAACUUGUCUACUGCUAUUCUUUGGAGCAAUUGGUUUUGAGCUACAACCAAUUAAAUGGAAGCCUCCCUUUUCAAGUUAUAUACCCGUAUAGGUCAGCUUUUGUCGACCUUAGUCAUAACUUGCUUAGUGGAAAUAUACCUCCUGAACUUGGGAACUACUCAACAUCCUUUCACCGCUUAGAUCUCAGCUUUAAUAAUCUCACUGGUACCAUUCCUAGAAGUAUUCUUGUUUCCCUAUGCCAAAUGAAUGUGUCUCACAACUCUUUGGAAGGUCAAAUCCCAGAUAACUAUUUGAAAUGUUUUACCAUUGAGUCAGUUAUGGGCAACAAGGGUUUAUGCAGUGAUAAAAUCUCAGGCUUACGUCCUUGUGUUCAAUCUCCCCCAAACAUUAUUGGCUCCACAAGGAUUAAGAAACUCAAAAAUAGCACUAAGAUCAUUGUUCUCAUUAUCGUUACACUUGGCUUUUUCUUACUAGGAAUUGUGUUCCUCUCUCGUCAUAAGAUAAUUAGGAACACUGAACAUGAGUCUAAAGCAAUGAAGAAUGGAGAUUUAUUCUCAAUAUGGAACUAUGAUGGAAAUAUUGCAUUUAAAGACAUCAUUACAGCAACAGAGGAUUUUGAUAUUAGAUACUGCAUUGGAACUGGUGGUUAUGGCAGUGUUUACAAAGCAACCUUACCUAGUGGAAGGGUGAUUGCCCUUAAAAAACUUCACCGUUUAGAAUCUGAAGAGCCAGCUUUUGAUAAGAGUUUUAGGAAUGAAGCCAAAGUCUUGUCUGAAGUUCGUCAUCGUAACAUCGUGAAGCUUUAUGGAUUCUGCCUACAUAAACGAUGCAUGUUUUUGAUUUAUGAGUACAUUGAAAGAGGAAGCUUAUUGUAUGUCCUAAGCAAUGACGUUGAAGCCAAGGAAUUGAAUUGGAAGAAACGUGUGAACAUCAUUAAAGGCAUAGCAAAUGCUUUAUCUUACUUGCAUCAUGAUUGCAUUCCAACAAUUGUCCAUCGAGACUUGACUACCAGCAACAUUUUACUAAACUUGGAAUUUGAGGCAUUUGUUGCAGAUUUUGGCAUAGCUAGACCCUUAAAUCCUAAUUCCUCCAAUUUAACCACACUUGUUGGCACCUACGGAUAUAUUGCCCCAGAACUUGCUUACACCAUGGUUGUGAAUGAAAAAUGCGAUGUCUAUAGCUUCAGUGUAGUGGUGCUAGAAACAAUAAUGGGAAGGCAUCCAGGAGAGCUUAUUUCCUCAUUGGCAGCAUCAUCCACUCAACAUAUCAUGCUGAAAGAUGUCUUAGACCCUCGCCUCUCACCUCAUAUCAACCAAACAAUUGCUCAGAGUGUGGUUCUACUUGUAACGCUGGCAUUAGCAGGCCUACGUUCCAAUCCCAAAUCCCGCCCCACAAUGAAACAAGUAUCACAGGAGCUUUCUGUUCAAAGGUCACAAUUGCCCAAGCCCUUUGUUGAAAUUUCAAUGCGGCAGUUGAUGAAUCAAGAAAUUUAUGUUAUAGAGAAAUAAUUCUAACUUUUUUCCACCAAAAAAAAAAAAGACAAGAGUUAGGAUAAGUUUACAUAUGCAAUCCCAACAAGAUAAGUAAUCUAUUUUCCUCUCUUUUUUUGGUGAAGUAAUCUAUUUUCCUUUGUAUUU